GAGUCAGUCCGAAACAGCCAGGUUUAAAGAAGCUUCAGUAUGAGAAUUUAUUUCCUUAUAUUACUAAUAAGCUUGAGUGCUAAAUAUAUCGCAGCUAAUGACGAGUCACCACGUUUUGUAAAUGAAGUGUCAGAGGAGUUUGUGCCGAAACGUCACGUAAGACCAGCAAUCCAAAUUUUACCUGUAGAGCGACGAUAUAUAAAAUAUAAUCCAUUUGUUGUACCCAAUUCUUCAGUUGAAGAUAAAAUUGAUGUAGUUGCCGAUGGCAAAGCUAAAUCUUCGGAUGUUGCAGAAGAGCGACCGCGCAUAAGAUAUAUUAGAGGCCGCAUUCCUAGGCGUUAUAUACAUGUUAAGCCUUUACUUGUUGAUAAUGUUGAAAAUGCUGCACUCGUUAAACGUAUCAGUGCUGAUCUUUCACAAAACUUACCUUGUACAAGACCACAAGGAAAAUAACCAUGUAUCCAUUUCAUAACUCACACAAUAAAUACUGAAGUGUUUAAUUCAGUAUUAAACAGUUUAAAGAUUGAAAAAC